AUGAAGCAUGAUUUCUUGAAGCUUUUUUCUACUUUCCAUUCCACUGGAAAAUUUCCUUCAGGUAUUAAUACUGCUUUCCUCGUUUUGAUUCCUAAGGUUAAAGGUGCCAUUAAUCUUACGGACUUCAGACCUAUUAGCUUGAUUAAUGGAGUUUUCAAACUUCUUUCUAAGGUUCUAGCAAAUCGCUUGUCUAUUGUUCUUCCUCAUGUUAUUUCAGAAAACCAAUUUGGUUUUAUCAAGGGUCGUAGUAUUCAUGAUUGCCACAUGGUGGCCUCGGAAAUUUUACACAUUGCAGCUAGGCGAAAAGAGAAAAUUUUUGUUAUUAAGCUUGAUUUUAAAAAAGCUUUUGAUAGCAUCUCUUGGGAUUUCAUUCUGAAAAUGUUGAAUUUGAUGGGUUUUAAUGAAACUUGGAGAGAGUGGAUUUCUUCCUUUUUUGAUUCUUCGCAGCUUUCCGUUCUUGUUAACGGAAGUCCAACCAAGAAUUUUUCAAUGGGAAAAGGUGUUAGACAGGGGGACCCUUUAUCUCCCAUGCUUUUUGUUCUUGCAGUCGAAGGUCUGAAAGCCUUGAUUAGUAAAGCUGUCAAUGAUCAUCUUUUGGAGGGCAUUAGAAUAGAUGGCUAUCUGGAACCUAUUUCUAUUCUUCAGUUUGCAGACGACACGUUGCUUUUCAUCAGACAUGACUUGGAUAUGAUUAAAAAUUUAUUGAGGGUUCUACGCUGUUUCGAAUUGGUGUCUGGCUUAGCCAUAAACUAUCAGAAAAGUUCUAUUUUGGGUGUCAAUGUUGAUGAUGAUUCUCUCCUGUGGUCUCCAAAUUUACGGAUCAGCUUGCCAUUUGGAAGGGCAACUAUUUCAGUCCUUGAUAGAUACAUGAAACGAUUCCUUUGGUGUGGCAAUGUGGAGGGUAACGGCAUUUGCAAGAUUUCAUGGGACAAAGUUUGUCUUCCAUACGAUAAAGGAGGUCUUAACUUGAUUCCGUUUAGAUUAAAAAACCAGAGCCUUCUCUGCAAAUGGAUGUGGAAACUUCGCUCUGAUAACUCAUCACUCUGGUUUUUUGUGGUAACAACGAGCUGUUCAAUUUCUUAUUGGCAUGAAUUAGCUCGCUGCAAUGUUUCUCUCUUAUCCCACCUCUGGAAAGCCAUUCGGAAAUGUUGCAUCUUAAACAGUGAGUUAUGGCUGUUAUUUAACCAGCAAAUAUCGGUUAAUUUGGGCAAUGGAAGUUCGGUUCGGUUUUGGAGCGAUAUUUGGUUAGGCGACUCUCCUCUUGAUGUUAGAUAUGGUCAGCUAUUUUCCUUAUCAAUGAAUAAACAGGCUUCAGUGCACCAAAUGCUUUCAGGCAUCAAUUCAGUCUCUGAUUACUCACAACAGGCUUCUCGUUUCUCUUGGAGAAGGCGUCUGCGCAUUGGUGAACAAGAUCAGCUUUCCUCUCUUCUUCAUGAAACCGGUCAGUUGCUGCCUUUAUCUUCUACAUCUGAUGUUGUUCUUUGGCGUGGUAAAACUUUUAGACCCAGGGACAUUUCUCUUCUUCUUCAACUGCACAGCCCGCCAUUUUCAAUAACAAUUCAUGGUUGCCUUUCUUCUUUUCGUUUCUGGAAAUGGAAUCUACCUCCUCGUAUUAAAUUUUUUUGCUGGUUGGUUAUUAGAGAUAGAAUUUUCUCAAAUUCUUCUUUAGUCUCGAGAGGCAUUAUUAGUAAUGAUGAGAUUGGAUGCUCGGUUUGUUGCAUUUCAGAAACAUCUAUUCACAUUUUCUGCCACUGUGAAUAUGCAUGGAAGUUUUGGAAUUAUAUUCUAGUUAAAUGCAAUAUUAUAUGGGUCUCUCCGCCAAGGAUUGAUAUUUUCUUUGAGUUUUGGAUCUCCUUUUGUCACUCUUCUCACAGAGAAUUAUGGAGGCUGAUUUGGUUUAUGGGAAUCUGGGAAUUAUGGAAAGCUCGCAACAAGAGGGCUUUUAAUAACGAAGAAACAUCUCAUGAAGCUUUAGCUUAUUCUUGUAUUUGCAAGGCGGUGCAAUAUUUUACAGCUUUUCAUCCAUCAUUCCCCUAUUCGGGUAACGACGUUUUUAGAUGUUUGGAUAAUUUUGUGAAGCCUCUAAGGAUCAAUACUUUUUUUGGACUGGAUGUGGACGGGCGGGUUCAAGCCCAGCCUAACUAUAAAUAUCAAGUUUAA